AUGACUGAGGAUCUUAGCCCUAACAAUGAUGAUGAUAUCGAAUUUUUUAAAGAAUUUGCAGCUGAAGACGUGGUUGUUGAAGAUGAGUGCGAAAGUAAAGAAGAAAGUAAUGAGAACAAUCAGGUGCAGAAUGCGAUUCUUGGACUUCAAGCAAUCAAUGAACAAAUCCUAUCGGAAGACAAAACGAUAAACAAGUCCUAUAUAGCGAAUGAUGCAUACCAAGCUUCUCAACCAACUCCUCAUCCUGUUCCUGCUCCAAAAAUUGCACCGGUUGAUGAUGAUCCCCCAACCACAAAACUAGAUGACCUACCUGAGGAGCCUUUGAUCUAUUCUCCCUCGGAACUAGUUAUCACUUCAAUCGGUCAACAAGUCAUCUCAUCUACCAUCCUUAUGGAUCCUCAUGCCAAAGAUAAAGGCAAAGGAAUCUCCUUGAAUUAA